AUGUCGACAACUACCACUACAGUGACCAGUGAGAUCAGCUCACUCCGUCUCUCUGCUGAAGAAGUCCGACUUCCAGCCCCUCGAGAUGACCGAAAGUCACGCCUGCAACAAGUCGUCGUGAUCCCCCAGCUAUUCGCCGUCACUCUCACGGCCAGUGUGAUCAAUGGCUUGGUUGUAGUCGGGCUCCCCACCAUCACUGCAGACCUCCAGCUGCCCCCUUCGCUCUCCCUAUGGCCAUCCUCGGUAUGCAGUCUCGCCACGGCCUCUACACUUCUUCUGUCCGGCUCAAUUGCAGACACAAUUGGCCCACGAUGGGUGGAACUAGUCGGAUCUCUCGCCAGUGGCGCCCUGAUGCUUGGACAGGGUCUGUCGCAAACUGGCAUUGAGCUGGUGAUCAUGCGAGCCUUCCAGGGUGUCGGUCUCUCAAUGCACCUCGCCUCUUCGGUGUCCAUUGUUACCCAACUUUUACCCCCUGGCUGGUACAUAGCCGGAGGAAUCACUCUCUUCUUCACUGUCAUCGGAUUGUGGUCGUUACCGAAGAGCCCCGUCCAGCGAGAUGGACACAUCCUGCGCAAUGUCCGAACCAAGAUCGACUGGGUGGGAGCUGGACUUGCUUCAGCAUUUAUGGCUUUGCUCUGCUACCUGCUCGCCAUCCUCAGCGCAAACCCCUCCCGCAUCCGCUCCGCAGAAAGCAUCAUCAUCCUCUGCGUCGCCGCCAUCGCCCUCCCCACCUUCAUCACCUGGGUCCAUUUCCAAGUCAAGCGCGGCAAACCAGCCCUAAUCCCCAACGCACUAUGGAGAAACACCUCUUUUUCGAGCAUCUGCGCGACAGUCGCCCUCUCCAACGCAGUAAUCAACUCCAUGGAACUCUUCGCCAGUUUAUUCUUCCAAGAAAUCCAAUCCCUCAGUGCCCUCGGCGCCUCGAUCCGCAUCCUCCCCAGCCUAAUCGUCGGCGUGCUCAUCAACCUCGUAAUCGGCUUCUUCGUACACCGCAUCCCCGCCUACUGGAUCGUAACCAUCACCUCCUUCUUCUGCGCCUUCUCCCCACUCCUCAUGGCUGUUAUCAACCCAGCCUGGACAUACUGGGCGAAUGCCUUCGUCGCGCAACUCCUGCAGCCCAUUAGCGCGGACGCGCUCUUCACGGUAGGGUUGAUCGUUAUCACGAAUGUGUUUCCGGAUGAUACGCAGGCGUUGGCCGGGGCGGUGUUUAAUACCUCGGCGCAAUUUGGGAGUGCGUUGGGAAUGGCGGUGCUGCAGGUGAUUUCGACGGUUGUGACUGAGGAGAAGGAGAAGGGUGGAGAGAGUGAGAAGAGGGCAUUGAUGGAGGGAUAUCGGGCCAGUUUUUGGACUAUGUUUGGGUUGAUGGUGGUUUGUACGGCGGUGGGGUUCUUUGGGUUGAGGAGAUCGGGGAGGGUGGGGUUGAAGAGGGAUUAG